AUGAAACUGACUUGUAAGGGAUUCCCUUGUAAGAAGAGUCCAGAAUUAUGGAAGAAACAAAUCGCGUAUGUGAUGAAAAAUGACAGCAAUAGCACAUCCUUCCAAGACAAAUAUUACCGAGCGAUCAAGUCGGAACUCAUUCAAUUUUAUACACCAGAAGAGGGGGCGGAGCCAGAAAAAGAGAAAGAAAAAGAGCAAGAAGAAGAGGAGCAAGAGAAGGAAAAUCAGAAUAAAAACAGGAAAUAUACGAAAGAAGAGUUGGAUGCAAUGUAUACAAAAGAGGAGCAAGAAUUGAUUAUAACUGAUGAAAAACCCCAUCAUCAAAAAUCUGUUCCCGCCCCCAUGCCAUGUACCGUGAAGCCUAAAACCAGGGUUCGCGCAUCCACGCCGGUGCCCAAAGGGUUCGGAGGGAAACGGAAUUCCUCUAGUCAAACGGAAUUCCGGCAAGAAACACCGUCGUCUUCUUCUGCAUCGGAAGGAUGUGCUUCUGAAAGCUCGAAUACGAGUUUGGAUGUUCACCCCGAGGGAACUGAGAAUCUAGGCGCGGAAUUGAUGGACAAUGAGCAUGACAAAUUUUGUCCCCUCCACGACCAAGAAGAAGAUGAUGAUCUUCUCCGUGAUGACAAGGCACAAUACGAAAAAAUGAUACGGGCUAUUGAGUUGGAAUGUGAAGCGUCUUUGAAGCGGAUGCAGAAAAAACUGGAUUGGACACAAAAAAAAUGGGAGGAAGAGCAAAAAGUGAAUGAACGGAUGAAAGUGGAGACCAGAGAACUAAAAAAGACGAUCGAAUUCAUGGGAGAAGAGAAACGGGAGCUACAAAACCGACUUGAGGGGGAUAUCAAGAGAAUUCUCGCUGAGAAGAGAAAGUUGGAGGAUGACUAUCAGAACUUGCGGACUAGGAAAAUUCUGGAGAGUCCCGAAGCAUUGUUGGUGGAGAGGAAGCGGAUGGAAGAGAAAAUGAAGAGGUGGGAGUUGAACCCGGGACCCCAAGAUUGGUGGCCGGACUUCUUACCGGGUACACCAUGGUGGGAGGGCGGCGGCGAGGGUGGAGAUGAAGGUGCUGCUGGCAGAACUCUGCCACCACCACCACCACUACCACAACAAUCAAUCGAUAAUAAAAAGAUAGCGGAAUCUCACGAACAAGAGGUGGAGACUCUCCAACAAAAGCUUGAAGACCAGAUAGAAGAGAAUCAAAGGCUUUGUGCUAUCAACCAGGAGCUCACAGAAGGUGUUAGUUUCAGUCGGGAAGUUAUGACACUUCAAAUGAAAAAUAUGGAAUUACAACAUCAAUUGGAAAUGGUUCAACAGUCUGAUAAUUUCAAGGAUGAGAAAAUUAAAGAUUUGCUGAAAUCUUUGAAUAAAAUGGAUGCACAGAAAGGAACCUAUGACCAUCAAUCAAAGGAUAUCGAGAGGUUGAACAAUGAGAUUAAGGCUGAAAUUGAAUUGAGAGAGAUUUAUGAGAAGUGGGCGGAGCCUUCUCUGAAAUGCGCCGUAAGAAGAAUUGAGGCGUUGACAUCAUUGAUGGAUAAGUCACGGAAGGAUGAGAAAUGCUUUAAUUGGGCUCACAAACGACUAAUUGCCUACGAAGCAGUCGAGGACAAUUAUAAUUAUCGACGAAUGGCGAGAGAUGAAUUUGAGAGGGCGAGAAGUGAGAAAAGGAACUAUGAGUCGAGUUUGGAAGUGACAAUUAAUGAGAUCAAGGCAAAUGUUCCGCACUAUCGAUUGAAUUUGAAUAAUAAUGACACGUUUUUCGUGGAUCCUCUGUUUUAUUCACGUCCGUUUUCCAAGGAGACAGAGGCACGAAUGGCCGAGUUGAAGGACGCUAUGGAUCAGAAAUUCCGCGAGGAAGCUCCAUGGAAACCGCAGCAGAAAUAUUACCAUCACAAAAAGAAAUCGAAUUGA